AUGGAUGGGGUGCUGGACCCUUUCUCUGGACUCGACUCUUUCUCCUCCCCUCCUUAUUUCGACGAUGACGAGUUUUUCACCGACCAGUCCUCUCGAGAUGGACACUUGGAGACGGAUGACUUUCUGGAUGACGAAGUGGACUUCCUCUCGGGUAAUUUUCAAGACUAUUACAGCAAAGACGGCAGCGGCAGAGCGCCGCCUCACGAUGGAGACUACGACAUCGGCAACCUGUCCUUCUCCUCUUCGUCCUCCGUUUUCUCCUACGGCUGCGCAGACAGCACGCCGGAGCUGUCUCCUCGGAUGGGCCAUCACGGCGGGCCGUUGCUGAAGCGCAGGAGGCGGAUGAGGUCUGAGAUGGAGAUGCAGCAGCUGAGGCAGGCGGCCAACGUCAGGGAGCGGCGGAGGAUGCAGUCCAUCAAUGACGCGUUCGAGGGCCUACGCUCCCACAUCCCCACUCUGCCCUACGAGAAGAGACUCUCUAAAGUGGACACUCUGCGGCUGGCCAUCGGCUACAUCAACUUCCUGGCUGAGCUUGUGCAGUCUGACCUUCCUAUUAGAAACUCCAGCAGCGACAUGCACGCGCAGCCCAAGAAAGUAAUCAUCUGCCACAGAGGAACAAGGUCCCCUUCGCCAAGCGACCCCGACUACGGCCUGCCUCCGCUGGCCGGUCACUCGCUGUCUUGGUCGGAUGAAAAGCAGCUCCGGGAGCAGAACAUCAUCCGUACCGCAAAAGUCUGGACACCGGAGGACCCCCGAAAACUGCACAGUAAACCGGGCCUCACAGACAUCGAAAACGAGCCUCCCUUCAACCUGGUGGCCUGAACAGCAGCACAAGCCUUGCGCCAUGAAAAUGU